CACCCCCGGUUUCCGUGGAAAGGAGCCGCCGCCGGGCCUUGGUCACCGCGGCCUCUCCUGCAGCCCGAACCCCCAGGAGAAGCCGCCUUCAUACCGGCCGCUGACACUGCCCUGGGGUUUGGAUCAGAAUCACCGCUGAGACUUCCUCUGGAGAGGGCGGAAACCCGGGCCGUUUUUUUGUUGACUUCAGAAAGGAGCGUACUUCAGAGGCACUUGCUGAAGAUGGGACCUCGACGGAAAAGCAUCAAAAAGUGCUUAAAUGUGAAUGAAGGAGGGGAAGCUGCAAAGCGAGAUGAACCAAGGGACUAUAUGAAUCAGUUUUCACAUGAAGUGCUCUGUCAUAUAUUCAGGUAUCUUCCCCUGCAGGACAUCAUGUGUAUGGAAUGUUUGUCCCGCAAGUUGAAGGAGGCAGUUACUGUAUAUAUGCGAGUAGUGAAGGUUGUUGACUUGUGUGCUGGCUGCUGGUGGGAGUACAUGCCAUCAGGUUUCAUCGAUGCCAGCUUUUUAAUACUAUUAAAAAAAAUGCCUGAUUUGGAACAGCUGUAUGGGUUGCAUCCUCGACACUUAGAACGACGGCGAGUAAGAGGGCAUGUUGCAUUCAGCAUUCCUGGUGUACUUGAAGCUUUGCAAGCCUGCCCAAAUCUAUUGGGUGUAGAAACUUCCCAUUUAGAAUUAGUAGAAGCCAUCUGGAAUUACAUGCCACAGGUCCACAUCUUGGGAAAGUUUCGAAAUCGUAAUGGUGCUUUCCCAAUCCCUCCAGAAAACAAACUAACAAUUCCAGUAGGAGUCAAGAUACAAACACUUCACCUAGUUGGAGUAAAUGUUCCUGAAAUUCCUUGUGUUCCAAUGUUGAGACACCUGUAUUUGCAAUGGGUCCGACUAACCAAACCUCAGCCUUUUAAAGACUUUCUCUGUGUCAGUUUACGCACUUUUGUAAUGCGGAAUUGUGCAGGUCCCACCAAUUCCUUAAAGUAUGUUCCAUUAGUGACUGGGCUAGCUUCAGCAAGGAACUUAGAACAUCUUGAACUAGUUCGAGUACCUUUUCUUGGAGGACUGAUUCAACAUGUAGUUGAGGACAGCUCAAGAUCAGGUGGUUUCCGAAAUCUACAUACUAUUGUAUUUGGAGCAUGCAAAAAUGCACUAGAAGUGGACCUUGGCUACCUCAUUAUCACUGCUGCACGUAGGUUACACGAAGUUCGUAUUCAACCUUCGCUAACCAAAGAUGGAGUUUUCUCGGCACUAAAGAUGGCAGAGCUGGAAUUUCCCCAGUUUGAAACCCUGCACCUUGGAUAUGUAGAUGAAUUUCUAUUACAGUGUAAGAUGACGAAUGCUGAAUUAGUGAAGCAUGGUUUGGCAGAUGUGGUAGAGAAUCCUGGUAUCAUCACAGAUAUUGGGAUGAAAGCAGUAAAUGAAGUAUUUCCUUGCAUCAAAUACCUAGUUAUUUAUAAUUGUCCCCAUCUGCAUAAUGCACAUAACUGGAUAACAGACCAUUCACGGUGGAGUCGCUUGGUGGAUCUGACGCUUGUUCGUUGCCACGCAAUCAAACUGGAGUCAUUCAGUCAGUUUGUAGAAAUGCUGCCAAGCUUGGAGUUCAUUUCAUUGGACCAGAUGUUUCGGGAACCUCCAAAGGGCUGUGCUCGCGUAGGGUUGAGUGCUGGCACAGGAAUUGGUGUUUCUUCUGCUCUCGUUAGCAAUCAGAAUUCCAACAAUGAUAAUGACAACAACCAAAAUAAUCACGCCAACAUCAAUAAUAACAAUAAUGAGGAGAAUGAUGCUCGACAAGAGAGAGCAGCAGCUGACCUGCCAAACCCAGUGAAUGAACAAGGACUUCAGGAGGCAGUCCAAGAAAGUAGACCAAAUGGUGCGGAAUGUAAUCCUGAUCAGAACAGUGGGCAUUCUGUGACACCUAUGGAUAUAGAUGAAGAACAAGCAGGACCAAGUGGACUUCAGCAAACUGUAAAAGUAAAGCCAGUGAUGGUACAUGAUUCAGAUAGUGAAGACGAAGAUGAAUAUAACAUGGAUACUUCUGGGAAUCGGAAUGGGAAUGAUACUGGGGAUAAUUAUUCAGAUGGUGAGGAAAAAAAGAAAGCUACAGCAAUGCUUUGUGAAAGUUCUGGCAUUUGUGGUAAAGGCAAGGCCCCAUUACGAAAGAAGAGCCCGGUUAACCAAUCAGGUCUGUUAGCACCAUCGCAAGUGGAGGAAAGCAGUUGUGAGAAAGGCUGUCAGGUGACCAGUGAACAGAUAAAGGCUGAUAUGAAAGCAGCUAGUGAUGUCCCAGAGAGGAACAGGAGCAAAGAUGUUUCUUCUGGAGCUGGAACCUGUUCUGCUCCUUCGCGAACAACCAACUCAAACAAUGUCACAUCUCCUCAGUAUAUAGAAUCUAAUAGGACAGCCACUAUGGAUGGAGGGUGCAGACAUUGCAAUGUGGCAUAUUCGUCACAUCCUGGUAGUGGAAUUCAUGCCUGUUCAUGUACUUCACAUACAAUUGGAGACUGUUCAGACAGUAAAGAGGGAAACUCUAUGAAUAGUUCAGAUCACACUGGCUGCAUAUGCAACACAUUUCAGGUAAAUGAAAGCAGGACAGGUGAAUGCUGUGAAGCAGAUAAGCCUUCCACAAGCAGGACAUCUGAUAAUUGUGAUUUAAAUGGACACUGCAACACAGAUUCAGCUGUAUCAGAAUUUUCACAAAGGAAAUCUUCCACUUGUGCAGAAGGACAGCUACAUGUUGAUAAUAGGAGGACUAGCAGUGAUGGUGUCAGAGAUACAGAGAAUUCUAACCAUCAUCCCAUGUGCUCUAAAGGAUCCCAGCAUGAAGGCUAUCCACGCAGACCUGUGACAAGAGCAAGUAGCAAGUAUAGCCAGGUUCCAUUGAUCACAGAACCAGCACCAACUUCCAGACUUAAACCAUCUGCAAAUGAAGCCCUGAAUCAUGCUUUUAUCACCUCCACACUUGUGUAUUCCAAUGUACUCUUGACCAACCUACCACCUUCAGAUAUUCCUAAAUCCAGGCCCAGGCAAUCUGUCAAGCGGAAACGAACAGCGGAUAAAUCCACAAGCACUAGUGAUCCUGUCAUCGAGGAUGACCAUGUCCAGGUUCUUAAUCUGAAGUCCAAAAAUUUGGUUGGGAUUACACUUACAAAUUGUGGAAUUACAGAUUUGGUACUCAGAGAUUGUCCCAAAAUGAUGUUUAUCCAUGCUACUCGAUGCAGGGUACUAAAGCACCUAAAGGUGGAGAAUGCACCAAUUGUAAACCGAUUUGACUAUGUACAGUGUCGGAAGCUCAACAUUGAACAAGUUCUGGACCAGAUUUUACAAAUGCCUCCUGAAAGAAACCGAAUCAUUUAUCUUCGACCAAUGCAACAGAUUGAUACUUUAAAAUUGGAACGGAAGAUAUUUAGUGGACCAUACCCCUACCAUAUCUGUAUUAUUCAUGAGUUUAGCAACCCACCAAAUGUGCGAAAUAAGGUUCGCAUUCGUAGUUGGAUGGACACAAUAGCAAAUAUUAAUCAAGAAUUGAUCAAAUAUGAAUUCUUCCCUGAAGCCACUAGGACUGAAGAAGAUGUUAAGAAAUAUCUGAAGUACCCAUGGGGGAGGGAUAUUUACACUUUAGAAGGAACAGUAGAUGGAGCUCCCUAUUUCAUGAUCACUGACUUUCCAUGGCUUCGUUCGCUACGCACUGCAGAACCAAACAGCUAUGCAAGAUAUGAUUUUGAAGAUGAUGAAAGAACUACAAUCUAUGCUCCACGGAGAAAAGGACAAUUGUCAGCUGAUAUUUGCAUGGAAACAAUUGGGGAGGAGAUCUCCGAGCGGAGGCAGAUGAGAAGUGGUGUAUUUCAGCGAGUUGUAGCUAUUUUCAUACAUUACUGUGAUGUCAGUGGAGAGCCUGUUCACGAUGAUUAUAUCUGACUAUGCCUUUCUUGCUUAUGACUGUCCAAAACCCAGAGACUACAGCCUGCAAGAUUUGAAUUAUCAGCACUGUGUAGCUGCACUAUGCCCAAAUACUUUUGGAACAAAUUAUAUAAUUGUGAAUAAAAUAUUUGUGUACAAAUGAUUUCUGUAUAGAAAUGCUCUUAAAAUGAAUUAGCUUCUGGAAGCAGUAUCAUUUCAUAUGUUUAUACAAUUGAAUCCAUUCAAAAGUUAUUGAAAGGGAAUAUAAAUAGGAUUUAAAAAGAGGCUAUUUAUAUCCCAACUUAUAUAGUUACUAAGAUGAACAUUUUCUGAUAUUUUGUUACAAUAUUGUUAGGUACAAAAUAUGUAUCAAAAAUCAAGGCCAUGUUCUUUGGCAUACUUCAAAGCUCAAUAAAGAUAUGACUUAGCUCUAUGAAUUUUCUUUGGUACUAUGUGCCUUUUCCCUUGAAUUACACUUUUGAGUAUGUUGAGGAAAAACAGGAACUUUGUCUUGUGUUUUUUUAAUAUGUACAAAUAGAAAUGUAUAUCUAAUUUGGGCAUUAUAUUGAUGCUUCAUUGUGAGGCAGUUAACCCAGAUUGUGGGUAGUGAGCAGAAAAUAGUUUUAUUACUACACAACGACAUGUGUUUUGUUGUGCACUGCUUCCAGGGAACUAAGUGGCAGGGAAAUUGUAUUAUAAUAAAAUAUUUAAAUAUAAAAAGCAUUGCUGAAAACACAUUUCUUUAGGCUUCUUUUCCCAAUAAAUUGUUCAAACUCUG